GGGCGGCUGGCUGAAUUUGAACCCAGCCCUGGCCACGGCUCCCACCACCCGGCGUCAGGCCUCGUGGAGAAGCCUGCGUCACCUCGCGUCCUGCACGCCGCGUACCAGGAAACGCGGUCGCGUCAGUGUGACCUCAGCCGGGCCGGCGCGCUCCCUGCGGCGUGUGACGUGCGCGCGCGGGGCGGUCGGCGGCCGGUGUGAAGAAAAAACCAUGACAAUCCAAUGGGCGGCGGUUGCCAGCUUUCUCUAUGCUGAAAUAGGACUCAUUUUAAUCUUCUGUCUGCCCUUUAUUCCUCCUCAGAGAUGGCAGAAGAUUUUUUCAUUUAGUGUCUGGGGUAAAAUUGCAAGUUUUUGGAACAAAGCUUUCCUUACUAUUAUAAUCCUAUUAAUUGUCCUAUUUUUAGAUGCUGUGAGAGAAGUAAGAAAGUACUCCUCCACUCAAGUCAUUGAGAAGAACUCAGCCAGCAGGCCUGGUGCCUAUGAGCACACACAGAUGAAGCUCUUUAGGUCCCAAAGAAAUCUUUAUAUUUCUGGAUUCUCAUUAUUUUUUUGGCUAGUGUUGAGACGUCUGGUCACACUUAUUACUCAGCUGGCAAAAGAAAUAUCAAACAAAGGAGUGCUUAAAACUCAAGCAGAAAAUACCAAUAAGGCUGCCAAGAAAUUCAUGGAAGAGAAUGAAAAACUAAAAUUGGUACUAAAAAACCAUGGCAAAGAUGAAGAAAACAUUUUGGAAACUGAAAAUAAAAAACUAGUAGAAGACCAGGAAAAAUUGAAAACUGAACUGAAGAAGGCUUCAGAUGCCCUUUUUAAGGCACAAAACGAUGUGAUGACUAUGAAGAUACAGUCAGAGAGACUUUCAAAAGAAUAUGAUCGACUCCUGAAAGAACACUCAGAACUUCAGAAUCGUUUAGAAAAAGACAAUAAGAAAGGCCUGUGAAUUAACUUCAUAAAAGAAGAUUGUGAUACACCUUGUCAAGAAAAUAAAUUUGUUAUCAUGGUAGUCAAUAAAACUUUCAAAAUUCAGCCAAAAAAAAAAAAAAAAAACUCUGCUAGCAGCCACAGGUGCACAUAGACUAUAUAGGUACUGAUGUUACCAAUCUUUUGAAAAAAUAUAAGCAUGUUAAAUGCCAUAUUUACAUAUUGCUAAUAGCAUUGGUAUAUGGUGGCUCUUUACCCAUAAAAAGAAACAUUCAUUAGCCAUUUAUUUCCCAAAAUACAUCUGAAGUUGCAUGAAACCAUUAUUAGCCUUGAAAGCUUGAUGGGUUUGUCAGUAAUAAUUAGUGGUGGUGGUAAAAAUGAUGUUUGAAAGUCGUACUCAGUCAGAAAUUUGUUCACAGAGAAAUAAGGAUAAAUAACCACAUAGCCACAGUGUUCAUAGAAGAGAAUCAGAACAAUGGAAACAAUGGCCUUAGGGUUUCUUAAGCCUGGUGAGUCUAUGAUUUACUGUACAUACGACAGCACUAUUGUGAGCUGUGUUUUUGUCACUGUGCUUCUGUACCUAUUAGACUGUUUUUAUUGAUACAUGUUUAGUCAUAUAAUCAAUAUUCUACCUUUUUAAGUUCAUCUACUAAUAGAAUUUAUGUCCAUUUGUGUAACUGUCAUAACAUUGAACUGAACUUACGUUACGUUGUGGAAUUCUCCACUUACAAAGCUCAUUUAUAAUAUCCAAAAAGCUGUGUAUUUUAUGAAAUGAACUUGUGAUAGUUAUUGAUUAUACAGGUAUUACCUCAGUAUACAUGCACUGCUAUCAUACAGAUCUCUCUACAAUGUUCUAUGUUUUCAAAGUUAAAUGCUGGUUUUCUUGCAAAUAUUCAUGUAGAGGUAGUAAUUAUAGUAAUGUGAUUUGGAUUAUUUCAGUGUUUAACUGUGAAAAGCCACUUGUCUUAAAAUGACUUAAAUAUAAAAAAUAAAAUAAUAAUUAGAGUUUUUA